AUGUCUGAUAUCGCAAAGCAGCAGGAUCAUAUGAUUGAGAUUGCCAGCGAGAAAGACUCGAAUGAGCUUGUGGUCUCAUAUCACAUUGAGCCUGAAGAUGAGAGGGCAGUCCUAAAGAAGCUGGAUCGUGUCAUCCUACCGCUGAUGGCUCUGGUCUACUUCUUCCAAUAUCUCGAUAAGCAAAGUAUCAACUAUGCUGCCGUCUUCGGACUCCAGGAGGAUCUGAAGCUCUCGGGCUCAGAAUUCUCUUGGGCCAUCUCCCUGUUCUACUUUGGACAGUUUGUGUCCGAGUACCCGGCUGCCUACCUUAUGAGCAGAUUCCCAAUCACCAUCUUCGUCGGAAUCACAGUCGUGCUUUGGGGAAUUGCUGAGAUGUGCCUCGGAGCAACAACCAACUGGACCACAAUCGCAGUAGCGUGA